GUUUCUUAAACUGACUGUUUUAUUACAAAGGUAUCCAGCAAAUGAUAUUACAAGAACUUUUACUUAUUUCAAAUCUUACAAUUUACCAUAAUGCAAUUUUCAAUUUUGGUGGUUGUCGCUGCUGCAGUGGCUGCUGUUUACGGAAGUAAUAGACACGGGUGUAAAGUUCCGUCCAACGAAAAAGAAUUGAAAAGUAAAAUUUCAAAGCAGAUCUUCAGAGAUUAUUUGUUAGGACGUCCUACAUUCAACGCUAUACCUGAAUAUCGACAGAAUGUAAUGGACGAAUUGGAGAUUUCUAAAAAGAAGACGAAUUACAGAGACGAUGGUAUUAACUUCAUAACAAAGUUGGUAGGAGAAUCGAAGUGCCAAAAGGCGGCUAGAAGCAUGAAGAGGGCUUGUCCGCACUAUUUUGUUCUGGAUUAUGAUGAAAAUCGGGAGCCUGCAUACAUUGCAAAAGCAAGCUGUUCUUGCACUAGAUGCAGAAGUUACCCACUGUUUGAAGGAAUAAAGGCAUCAAGAUGUGAGCCAGUCAUCAACUACAUACCUGUCAUACGGAGAGUGUGCCACACGAAAGUUAGUGAAUAUUACCGCUAUAUUCGUGAUUUGGAGCCCGUUCCGGUUGGAUGCACAUGCAGCAUGCCCUCGUAACAAAGGCAAUAUGACUGCAUAAGACAUCAACUUGUGUUCGCUUUAUAAGGAUACUCAUUUAUGAACUGCUGUAAAAGCUUAUUAUCUGCCUUGUGAUAUACAUAUUUCUUACCGUUUACAUUAUUUGUUGAGCUUUUUAUUAGGAAUUAGAGACUGAGAUUUUAAAUUUAUUUUAAACUAGAAUGCUUUUAUUUUAACACAUAUAGGGCUGACCUGUGUACGUGAUUUGUUAACGUUUAGAUACGUUCAAAGGAACAUUAUACCAUGGCUGAUUUAAAGCAUAUAAAUUUCAGCUCAUUUUCCUUUUUUAUAUAAAGCAAUUGAUAUGCAUUAAGAUCGCUGCAAUUCAUUUUAUUAUGAUCAUAUCGAAUUAAUGUAAAUGUAUUUGAAUUUUUUGUCCUAGAAUAAAUUUUUUGGUUCUUUUAAAAAAAAUGUUCUUUAAGAAAUUUUGCUUAUAUUUAAAUAGAUGCUCAAUUUCAAUCAACUGUCUUAUAAAACAUUCGCAGAGUUACCAUAUAUUUUUCCAAAUUCUUUCGAUGAAAAGUAGAGGUACGUCUGAAUAACCAUUACGGUAGUGUCGCCAAAUGAUCGUACAUAAGUCUUCUGUCCUUCAAAUAAGGAUAUUAAGAGGACAUAUACGUUUUAAAGUGAUGACAAAUCAGUGUCUGUAUAGUUUUAUCCGUCGCAUUUCUAGUCAUAUAGUUGUGUGGAUCAAUAUACAUUUACUUCAGCAUUUUAUUUUAUUUUACAUGUUAACGUUUAUAUGCAUUUCCUGUGUUAUUUACUAAUGUCUCAUUUAAGUGUGCAAUGUUUUUUUUUUUUUUUUUUUUUUUUUUUUUUUGUGUGUUUUUGCAAAAAACAUCGUAGUUAUCAUACAUAUUUCCAUCCUUGUUUUUCACCGAUAUCAGAUCAAUAUUUGAACAUCCUGUUCAUUUCCGGCAUAACUUUCUUAUUGACGAACCAGGAUGUAAAGUUUGCGAAUAACUUCUUAUCGCUCCAUAAUUUAUUCAAUACUUCAUAAGGACUUUAUUUUCAAUAGUUUGUAUACAUGCGUUUUGUGAUUUGCGAACAACGAAUGUUUUGUUAUUUAUUGCGUUUAUUUCGCUGAAAGGAAAUGACAUAUAUCCGCGCGCCAUUUCAGUGUGCUUUAUUUAUUUAUUUAUUUAUUUAUUUAUUUGAAAUCAGCAUUGUUGUUGUAUUUACGUGUUUAAUGCAGGGCGUUAAACGAUUAAGAAAUUUUGUUCAGUCUGUUGAUGUUAUUAUAUGCUUAAGUAUUUUAGAUGAUCAAGUUCAUCAACGAAAUAAAUUUAUUA